AUGCUGCGUUACAAUGAAGCUGGUGGAGAUGGACGAUUCUUUUUGGAGGGGCAUUGCAGAGUGGCCGGAUUCGGCCUAGCUAUGUGGGAGCGACGAGGAGCUCUACUGCACCAACAUCAUAGCCUGCCUGGGUACGGUUGCCACAGGAAGAGCUGGCUGGGCGGCAGCGCGAUUUGUUUCGUAACGGAAAAGGAGCCAACAUCUCCCUGCUCAGGAGACUCUGGUAGCCCUCUAGUUUGCGGCGAUCGGCAAGUCGGAAUAGCAUCUCAAAUGUAUUCUAGCGAGAGAUGCGAUUUAUUCUUUUUGUCAGAAGUUCCUCGGUCCGGAUGCGGCCUGGAAGGCUCGGUCAGCGUCUACACGUACAUACGUCCGGUACUGAAUUGUAUGCGGAAGUACUUGGGCACAAUCAUACCGAAAAAGCCCAGCCAUUGUUGAUGCUAAGGAAGG